GCUAACGCCGCGGAGCUUCUUGCUAGCGCCGCUCCGUUUCAUUAUCGGGAUUAACGGGAUUCUGACGAACCGGGAGGCGGGAGCCGGGGUGUUUGGACCGAGGCGGCCAUUGCUCCUCUGGUGCGGGACUCCGGGAUAGUUUCAGAGGCGGGCUCGUGGAGUGGAGGAGGGCAAGAACACGUCUGCCAGGGAGAACAUGGAGAGAUGUCACUGUCCGCUGAGCUGAACAAUGGGAGCGAGGGCGUCGGUGUCGCUGUGUAACGACCCGUCUUCAGUGAGGAUCCUGAGGCCCAGCGCUAAGGUCAGCCCAGCGCUCACAGCUCCCAGCCUGGAGUCAGAGCCUGAAGUGGCUGCCAGCCGUGUGUUUGGUGUUGCCUUGGAAACACUGAGGGAGGAAGGGCAGAUGGUCCGUGGAGUACCUCUGGUGUUAAGAGACAUGGUGGAGUUUCUGGAGAUGAAUGGAAUGCAUCACAGAGGAUUGUUUCGUCUGUGUAGCUCCGUGGCGCGGACCAGGCAGCUGAGGCAGCUGUGGGACCAUGGAGAGAGAGUGGGCCUGGAGGAAGAGGCUGAUGUCUCCACUGUGGCCUCGCUACUCAAACUCUUCCUCCGGGAGCUGCCCACCCCCGUGGUGCCUGAACCCCAGCGCAAACAGCUCAUUCUAAGCCUUUCAGCAUAUGCAGAUAAGGCAGAAUUGAACCUGUCUCUGAGAGAGAAACUUCACCACCUCCCUGCCGACAGCCUCAUUAUUUUGUCUUACCUCAUCCACUUUCUGUCUAGAGUGGCUGCUCACAGUCAAUCAAAUCACAUGCCUGUGGAAAACCUGGCAACCAUCUUUGGGCCUUGUAUAUUUCAUGUUCCAGCAGGACCUGGGAUGCUGGAGGAGCAGAGUGUGUGCAAUGCCCUGUUGCUCCAUCUUCUCCAGCAUCAGAACGUUCUCCUUCCAGUCCCAGCCGAGAACACUGAGGCCCCCUCGAUCGCCUCCUCCUCACCACCUCCUCCCACCCUCUCGGCUCUUUCCCACUUUGAGGUCCGACCCAGCAGCUGUCACUCAGAGCAAAGUAGCGUGGACAGAUUGGAGGGAGACACCACGUUAGUCUCAGCGACGAGUUCUUGUGACCAAACAGUUUGGAUCCAAGCUCAACUCAGAAGUGCAGACACUCUGACGCAGAGUUCUGAAACCAGCUCUGACGUCAGUGCUGACAUUCAGAGGCUGAUUUCAGACCGGCAGGCUCUGGAAGAGAAGGGGAAAUGUACAGAGGCAGGCCGUGUCCCCUUCUGCCCUGCUGACCCAGGGCCAGAGCAGCAUCUGCACCAGAGCGGACAAUUUCAAAAGGUUCAAGAGACACCAUCAGAGUUGAUGCGUACCACAGAGGGGACCUUUUCACAGGUGUCACCGUUCAACUCGUUGUCUAAAGAGACAAAGAGGACAGAAGUAAAAAAGGAAGAGGACAUAUGGACACCUUCCUCUUCCAUUAGAGAUGACUCUUCAUUGGCCUCUACAAAUGUGGGGCAGACAUCAGUUUGCGACUGCUGCGUAACGAAUGGAUCAAAGAGAAAAACCCAAAUGCAGAAUCAACAUACAGAGAGUCUGCUGUGCUGCAUAGAGUACAAGACAGAAGACAAAAGCAAAGAGCCUGAUGGGAAGUGGAGAAGAGGAGGAGGAGGAGGAGGAGGAGGAGGUUGUCGUGGUUCUUCUAACAGUCACAAUGAUUGCAGAGGCAGGAACAACAGCCAUGACAGCCCUUCUUUCAAGCUGCAAGCCCUGGAGGCUGACUCGGGACCCCUGCCAGCGGCAGUAGACUCCCAAAUCCAGGACAGCCAUCCUGCUGAGCAACAGCCCUAUUCUACCGAAGAGCAUGUUUAUUUCACCCACAAGCCAUUCCUCCACUCGCCACCAUCACUCGCUCAGGAUUAUAACAAGGUUGACUUAUCACAGCCUGGACAGACACCUUCCCCUCAUUCAUCAGAGUCCAGUCCAGUCCCCACCACUGCCACUCUUUCUGAGGACACGUCAGGAGACGAUACCCUGUCGAGCCCAACAGGCCCCAACACCAGCCCGCUUCUGUCUUGUUUUAUGACGACUGACGGCCCUGUUCCCUCGCCGCGCUGCCCCAACCUCAGCCACAGCCUGCGUUACAACUUAGACCCCGAUACAGCCCCUUCUCCACCGAGUUCACAACACAUACGCAUGGCUCGCUGCAGCAUCCACACAGAACCAGACGAGGGCUCUGUGUCCAUCUCAGUGCUCAACAGACACAUCCACACCCUGAGGAGGAGGAUCAGGCAUUUUGAGGAGCGUUUUGAACAGGAGAAGCACUAUAAGCCUGCUCAUAAUGAUAAAACAGCAGAUCCAGAGAUGGCCAGACUAAUGAAGGAGCUCAUCAAGAGUCGCAAGCAGCUUAAAGAGCUAAAGCUGAGACAAACAGAAGAAGCAGGGCUGAGAGGACGGGGACGUUCCAAAACACGCAGGACCAACACAGACCAGAGCGAGGCAGCACUGACAGGAACAGAGCUGCAGCAACUCAACAACAACACCAACACCAAGCCAAACGUGGAGGAAACCGUCAACAUUAUCUCCAACAGACUGAAAGAGAGACGGAGAGAGCUUCGCCUGCCUGAUCACAUCAAGGAGAUGACCCAUUACCAGAUGACCAUGGAGAAAACUAGCAUGCAGAAGUGUUUGCUCUACUUUGAGAGUCUGCACGGACGUCCGAGUACAAAGCAGGAGCGGACUCUCAUGAAACCUUUCUACGACCGGUACCGUCUUCUCAAGCAGCUUCUGCUUUUUUCUGCGGCCUCGACCGUCAUUACGACCAUUGAAGAAGAGGAGGGCUCUGAUGAAGGUCAUCCCAAACAGCGAAGCCCCAGGCAGCAGCCACAUUGGCUUAAAUCUCCCAGGUGUGUGUCCUCAGACGAUUUGCUGCAGCUGCCUUCAUUAGAAAUGUCUGAAACACCUCUGGUGUCUCCGCUGGAUGAGGCGAAGAGUCUCCAGCCACAGAUCAUCACCAUGGCAACAUUACACGAAGCUUCCAGAUCAGAAUUACUGGAUCACCUCAGAGUCGCUCGAUCAGAGAAGCGGAGGCUUCACAAAACACUCAGAGAGUUUGAGGACCACUUCCACAUGCAGACUGGCAGGGCUUGUCAGAAGGAGGACCGUGGACAGAUGGCGGAGGAGUACUGCCAGUAUAAGAACCUCAAAGCGAGGCUCCGUCUACUGGAGGCCCUGCUCAGUAAACAACAGGACUCAACCAAGACCAGUUGAGUUAACUCACAGUGGGACUUUAAUGCAACUUAACAGGACUCGAUCAGAUCUGAGAAGCUGGUGGGCCUGGUCUUUAUUUUCAUGCCAUGCUCAUUAUGUGGAUGCACUUU